CAUAUUUUCACGCCAGAUAUUAAUCUUAAGCACAUUGUCCUUUCGUCAUUAUGAGGCAUCCGUUGGAAUUAAGCUUGUAUUCACAUGCAUAACUGUCACAUGAACCUUUGCAAUUGCAUGUGCUGUUUAACACUAACGAAACUCAAAACUAGUCCCUUAUUUCUAGCCAUUCAUUUUGCAUUAAUGUAACCAUUGAUUAUUGAUUAUGAUCUUAUCUCAUAAUAACUAUAGUAAUUGUACACCACUAAUAUCUUGUCUUCUAUCAGAAGAAUUUUCAGAUGAUAAUCUCACUCUUUUGUGCUUCUGCCAUACUUAUAUUUUAAAUGCUUUCUGCCAUUCCAUGUGUGUCAGAAUCAUUGGCGUGCCUUUUUAAAUUUACAAAAAAGCUACUCACAAAAAGGGAAGAACAGAAUGUCACGGGACUUAAAAAUGAAAACUGCUAUUUCACUUAUUUUGUCAUUUUGCAACAUAUUUUGAGUGAUUGGUAAUGAGGUGAAGACAAAGUGUCAUUUUACUGAGUUUUGUUUUGUUUUGUUUCAACCUCUCGGUCACCAUCUUAUUAUAAGGUGCAACAAAACCAAUGCAUAUAUCCACAGGUCUCAUUCAGAAAACAGACUUGUAGAUAAGGAACUUGUUCACACUUCAACUGAUAUCAGUAACAAGAGCAUGGAGCUGAGUUUCAAGUCCUUUUCUCUUGAGAAACAAGAUGAGGCUGAGGCUGAGGCAGAAGAAGGCAUGGGAUUUUACAAGUCUCUUCAGGAGUUAAGAGAACUAAGGUCUCAGCUUCACCAUGCUGCAGAUUUCUGUGAAACAACAUUCUUGAAAGGCACAUCAAAGAAAGAUGUUGUGGAGAACACAAAAGAAUACAUAUGCAGGGCAGUGGUCACUGUAGUUGAUCAUCUUGGAAAUGUUUCUGCCAAUCUUGAUGCCCUUAUAUCUCAAACAAAUGCAUUUUCUGAUGCUGAGUUAAGAAUCCAAUGCCUCAAACAGAGACUUCUCUCAUGUGAACAAUAUGCUGAUAAGCUUGCCCUCACCAAGAUGCAAUGGAGGGAGAACUUGCCAAGAUUCCAUUCAAGAUAUUUAUCGACACCAAUCACUCUUGAGAGAUCAAGCAGUGAAAAAUCAAGAAGACCUGAAAGUGAAGUUUCUUCAAAACUGGAAGAUAAACAUGUACUGGAGACACAUGAAGAUUUACCUCUUUUUAUGUACACUCAGAAACCACUUUCAUCAAAGAAUAUGAAGUCAACCACUACUACAGUUAGUGACCAUAAAAAUUUGGCCAUAGCUGCAGUAGUACCUGUUCGCGAUGGUUUAUCAGUAUUAACCAAAGUUUCAAAUCUCACAUUUCAUUUCCAAGGUACCCCGAAGAUUGGACGUCAUAGAAGAUCGUUGCAUGGCAGUGACAUCUUAUGGCUUCUACGGCGUACUAAACGAACCCUUUGAAAACUAGACUGUUAACAAUGUAUAGCUUCAUCUUCUAGUCUUCAGCACUCUUGGUUGUUCAUUUGUUUCUGGAAUUGUUUCCUCAUGAGCAUAUGUUGCAAUUUAAUGUUAUCUGUGGUAAUCAAGAACCAAACACUAAAAGCUACUAUGUAGUUUAGGCACUUCUCAAAUAUUGUCUUACUCUUUUGUGAACUUAGGAACAAGACAUUUUUAUGCUUAACACAAGUUUUAAACAAAUAGUCCUAAACAUUAUUUCCCAGAAAGCUGCUAGAUUCUCAUGUUUUGCUUUAGUUUUAUUUCAUAUUUCUGACAAAUGAACAAAAUUAUCUUAUGAAAUACUAAAUAUAUACACCAGAAGCAGCACAGAU